AAUACAAACUGUGUAAGGAAACAUCCGGCUUUUCGACCUUUAAACCUUUUCUUGCGUCUCUAGGAAAUACAUUAAUCAGACGAUAAAUUUUAUUUUGCGAAGAGCAGUGUAACACUAUUGUCGAAGCAUUACCCAAGAUGGAACGGAAACUAUUGUACUUCUUCGUUUUGAUAUCGGUUGCAUUUGGAUCGCCGGUACCAGAAUGUGGUCCACCAUCCGAGCUUGCAAACGUCAUCACCACACCUAGCCAAUCGGUAUACCUUCUUUGGUCACGUGUUACAUUUUCCUGUGAGGAGGGGUAUUCCCACUCUGGAACUGAAUACUCGUAUUGUAUUGAAUCUGGUGUAUGGGACCCAAGACCAGAUGGACUCGCGUGUUUAGCUCAAUGUAAAGAACCCGAAGCAGGGCGAAACAUUGUUCAUUUCCCGUUCGGUCGUGACCCGGAAGCUACUAAAACUGUGUACAAUGAUGAAGAUGUAAUUCAGUACGCAUGCGCAGAGGGAAAGGGUGCCACUCUCGUAGGACCAACUCAGGCGACAUGCAAAAAUGGAUUCUGGGAACCUGCAAAGAUGCCUACUUGCAAUCAUUGUUCUGCUCCGCCCGUAUCGGAUCCGAAGACCGUCCAGCUUUCUCCAAAUCAACAGAGUUACGCCGCCUACGCCGAGGUGAUGCUUUCAUGCCCCGAUGACGUCAUGUAUACAGCUAGAGGAACUAACAUCACCUACUGUGAGGAGAAUGCAGGGUGGAUACCCGACCCGACAAAGAUGACAUGCCACGAAAACUGUGUGCUUCCAGUCCGUGACCCUCUUGUCGAAUCACGCCCUCUACAAGAAACAAGCGAUGCAGUCAAGAAGAUUUUCCGAUUCAAUGACGUCAUCUCUAAUACGUGUCUUGGUGGGAAGGUAUUGGUUGGACCAAUCGUUCAGAAAUGUGCGAAUGGGAAAUGGCUCCCUGAUAGGGAGGUGAUGUGCAAGUAAACAGAAGGAUAGGCUGGAAGAACCUCUCACAAGUGGUAUUAACAUGACAAUGGUACUAUACAUGAUCAAAUAUAUACAUAUAGAACAGCAUUGGGGUUUUGAAACGAGAGACCUGUUCGAUUUAUUCGUUUGUUGAAUUGUUAUCUUAUAUAAGUCUAUAUGCCAAAUAAUGUUCUAAAAUUGUUUAUGACAAAAACUACUUUAUAUGAAAAUAAUAUUCUAAAAAUUGUUUUAUGAACAAAACUACUUCAAUUAAAGGUCUUAUUCACACCCACGCGCAUUCUUCUUUCACUCAAUCAUCCUCCUCUUUCUUUCUCUCUCUUUCGCUUCGGUUCUCUCUCUCUCUCUCUCUCUCUGUCCGUCUCUCUAUCAAUUUUAACAAGCUCGAAAAUUACAUAAGAAAAUGUUUCAUACUUAUUCAGCAAUGGAAGAAAUUUGUAAGAAUAGAGUAUAGUCAGUAUAUAUGAUGUUGUUUCUAUAUAAGCCUUAAUCUAUUUAAAGUACAAUAUUUGAUUGAAGGACAACAUCAUGUAAUAUCACGUGACGUUUGUAUUUUACCCAUUUUCGCUAGCCAAGUGAUUUCAAGCAGCAGCUAAAAUUUAAUCAUUCGUGUACUCGAUUUCCAAGCACAAUGUAAAACUAAAGCUCAUCGCACACUAUACGAUUCGACUACGGUCCAAUUUCGGAAGGAUUUAUAUUAGCAUUUGAUAUGAACCUUCAAACAUGUAAAAUCUUAAUGACAAACGAUCUAAAUAGUUAUAAGAUUAAGACAAUCUUAGUUACAAGGGAUUUUAGGCUUCUGUGGAAGAGGAAAAGCUAAAAAGGCUCAGAAUCGUAGUGAAUUCAAACCAGUGGUGCGAUUGUUUACGAUUUGGAGUCGAUUAGGCUGUUUAGAAGAGUUCAAUGUACUAGAAUUUCGGUUGUUAUUUAGAAGCUAUAUCAGGAAGAUGUUUGUUCAGAUGUCCUAUCUUAUUAUCAUUGAAGAAAGAAAGAAAAAAUCGAAAAUCGGAUCUUAGUACGAUCGUGUAGUGUGUGGUGGGUUUGAAGAAGAGUUUAUGUUAUAAAUUAUCUCCAUGGCAUUAACUUUUGCGAAAAUAACUGUUUACUCAUCCCCAUCAUGAGUUGCUUUAUUAUCUUAUCUUCAAAUAAUUGUAACGUUUAGUUUAUAGGCAUAUCUUAAAUACCGUAUCUCUAAAUAAUAUGUCUUGCUUUUAAUAUGCAAUUAUUAAAGGAAAAAAGCGAA